UCCACACGUUCCGCCCCCCGCGGAGCGUAGCAUCCCGGGCCUGGAGCUUCCCGGGGCUUGGAGCACCCCGGGCCGCACUCUGCGUGGGCGACGAUGAGGGUCUGGAGCUCGGAGCAUGUGUUCGGCCACCCGUGGGACACAGUCAUCAAGGCUGCCAUGAGGAAGUACCCGAAUCCCAUGAACCCCAGUGUCGUGGGCGUCGACGUGCUGGAGCGCAGUGUGGACAGCCGGGGCCGGCUUCACAGCCACCGCCUCCUCAGCACUGAGUGGGGGCUGCCCGGCCUCGUGAGAGCGAUUUUGGGAACCAGUAGUACUUUGACAUACAUCAGAGAACAUUCUAUUGUGGAUCCAGUGGGAAAGAAAAUGGAGCUCUGUUCCACCAAUGUAAGCAAUGGCCACGAUGAUCACACUCACAAACUGGGUGUCGGUGAGCGAGAGGCUGGUGUACACACCCCACCCGGAGGACCCAGGAAGGACCGUGCUCACCCAAGAAGCCGUCAUCACUGUGAAGGGGAUCAGCCUCGGCAGCUAUCUGGAAAGUUUGAUGGCCAACAUGAUAUCGUCCAAUGCAAAGAAGAUGCCUCACCAAAAAAAACCAUCAGAAAGCAGGAAAAGGAAGAGAAGAAGGAAGAAGCAAGUGUGGAGUGCGGUCCCGUCUGGGUUGGGAGAGGCGGGAGCUGCUGGGCCACAGCCUCCGCCAGGCUUGUCGGUCAUGACCACACAGGGCAGGAGGCCCGGCUGGUGGUGGCGCCCGUGAAGCGAGGCCUGGGGAGCAGACCUGCUGGGAGGAGGCUGGGCCGCUGCUCUGCCCACUCCACACUGAGCCACGCAUCUGCUCUGCCACCCGAGCCGGUUUGCUCAGAUGGCUGUGGGGCCUUAUCUGUCCUCCCUCAGCUCCAGCUCUCCUGCCGACUUUCGGGGUCUCACUAAAGAGCUUGUCUCUUUUCAGAGGACACCCCAUUUCCCUCACUCGCCCUUGAUCCACAGUCUCACUGCCGGUCUCUUCACACACAUCUGGCCACCAGUUGUCACCUCAGAGGCAGUUGACAUGUGUCCCUGUCUUACCCCCAUCACGGAUCUGUACACGCUAGAGUCGGGGUGUCCACCCCGAUGGCGACACAGGGACAGUUAGGAUUGGUCGGGAUAGCCGCAUGCUCUGCCCUUGGGCUGCAACUAGACUGUCCCGCCAUCCGGGGCCCCCAGCCGGACCGCAGCCUGUGCUGCCCCUCACCACGCAGGCACCCGCAGCCACUGUCAGGAGGUCGCAGCAAAAGGGCUGUGAUUUCAAGCUCCCAGCUGUCCUGUUAGCGUCAAGGUACCUCCCACUGGGAGUUCUAAUUUUCUCAUUUUCAAAAGUAAAAUGUAGUAUCUCUUUUAGUGUGUUUCAAAUUAUAAAAAUUUUAGAGAAGCUCUCCUCCGUAAAGGAUGGGUAGAACUAUAUUCUACUGUGGUUUUUUUAGAUACUGCUUUUUCUUUGAUAAUAGUACUUCCAAUCCGAAAUGAAAUGAAAUUCAUUUUUAUUUUUAUGAGAAUAUUUUAUGCACAUAGCGUAAGGUGAAAUAGAGUUAAAAGUUUUAUGACAAAAACAAUCCCUCUUACCUCUUCUGCAAAGCACUCUUCUACCCUUCUGAGGGGACUGUUGACUCUUUUGGUAGUUUUUAGAUUUACUGUUAGAUUUCUAAAUAAAUAAGCAUAUUCUGCUAUUUCUUGAUUCAACAAUUUUAGAUGUUAUCUGCUGACUUCCUGCCGUGGUAGAUGCUUAUUUUCUCUCUUAAAUCUUCUUCCCCUCUCCCAUUUCUCCAAUGUAGCUAUAUUGUAACUUGUUGUUAAAAGCACAUUGGGGGCUUCCCUGAUGGCGCAGUGGUUGAGAGUCCGCCUGCUGAUGCAGGGGACUCGGGUUCGUGCCCUGGUCUGGGAAGAUCCCACAUGCCGCGGAGUGGCUGGGCCCGUGAGCCAUGGCCGCUGAGCCUGCGCGUCUGGAGCCUGUGCUCCGCAACGGGAGAGGCCACAGCAGUGAUAGGCCCAUGUACCACAGAAAAAAAAAAGAAAAAAAAAGCACAUUGGUUCCAUAAUUAAAACAUACAUAACUAUUGUUCACUACCAAGUGAAAAAGUGUGCUGUAAUUACAUUUUCUUUCUUUUUUUAAAAAAUAUAUUUGUUUAUUUAUUUUGGCUGUGCCGGGUCUUAUUUGCGGCAUGCGGGAUCUUCGCCGCGACACGCAGGAUCUUUAGUUGUGGCAUGCGGACUUCUUAGUUGCGGCAUGUGGAAUCUAGUUCCCUGACCAGGGAUUGAACCUGGGCCCCCUGCAUCGGGAGCAUGGACUCUUACCCACUGGACCACCAGGGAAGUUCCUACAUUUUCUUUCUUACAUAGCUUUUUUCUCCUUGAAUGUAGUAACUGUCUUAUCCUCUUCAUCUGUUUAAUCUUAUUUUUAGAAGUCUCUGGCUGAGUCCCCCACACUCUUCACCUCUUCACCUGCUCUCUGCAGCACCUUGUGACAUCCUUUUCCAAGGUCAGACCCUGUAGGUAGCACACCCCUUUCUCAUUUCUCUGGCGCUGUACUUCCUGGAGGCCGGUCUUGCUCUCUCUGACCAGCAGCUGUGUGGCUGUCAUCCCUCCUGGCCAUUUCCUCGGCCCGUCUCCCCUCCUGGAGCCCUUGUCUCCUGGCCUCCCUGCCUUCCUCUCUCUGUUUCUUACCACAGGAUGGGGAAGGACACCCCAUAGUAGCUUCCAAGAUUUGGCACAUCUGAAAAUGUCCCUUCUGUUCCCACUCUUCACUCAAAGCUUGGUUGGACUGUAGAUAAAAAUACUUUCAGAAUUUUGAAGGCACUGCUCCAUCGUUUUCCACUCCAACUCCUGAGCCUCUGUAUGUGGCUUUUUUUUCUCUCUGAAAGCUUUCAGGAUCUCUUUGUUCCUGAUGUGAAAUUUCAUACAGCUAAGCCUUGUUUGAAGUGAUCUUUUUAAAGCUCUCUGUGCUGCACUAUGUGUGUUAAAUUCCUGGUUUUGAUGCUGCGCUACAAUUAUGUAAAACGUUACUGAGGGACGUUGGCUGUUCCUGUACUACCUUUGCAGCUUCCAGUGAGUCUACAUUAAUUUCAAAGUUAAAGGUUAAAAAAAUACAUAAAUCAAUAGUGACUUCAUGGAAAAUGGUAGAGGUGGGUGCUCCCACUUCUGAAACAAAUCAAUAAACAGUCCUCCCAUUGAAACAGUCAAUAAACUGGCAAUAAAAAAAUAUGACAGAAUCAACUUUUGUGAAACUCUGGAUUCUAGUCAAAUACCUGCCUAAACCAACAAGUGGGGCGCUGAAUGAAUCUUGAGUAACCCACCCUGCAGAUUUUGGACUUCACAGCCUCCAAAAGUAGAGCAGCCAAUUCCUUAAAGUAAAUCCCUGUGUGUAUGUGUGUGUCUGUGUAUACACACACACACACACACACACACACACACACACACACACACAUACAUUCUAUUGGUUCUGUUUCUCUGGAGAACGCUGACUAA